ACCUGGAUAUAAUUUGAGGCGGCGACGGAAGCCCUCAAGCUUCAAGCAUGGUGCAUGUCCUGAUCGAGAUUUGAGAAGCCUGUCAGUAUGUAGAACGAAUGAGACACUACAGAUCCGUCCAAGGUCGUUUGUUUGUCGAGUCGGGCAAGAGCUCCCAUGUGGUUGUUACCUGCCUCUACGCCCUGCUGCCUCCCUUGUCUUCCAAUUAUUCUGCAGACUCGCGGCCUCUCACCUCGCAGGUCAUCAACUUACCUUCAUCAUCUGUUCCGUUGUCAGCUAUCAUUAGCAAGCCAGUAUUGCUACCUUUCAUUUCUAUAACCAUGGUCACACACUUUGAGCCCCCCCUCGGCAGUACCUUCUGGGCAUACCGGCAGGCCACCAACGAUGUCGUGCAGUGGAUCGCAUCUAGCGCGAGGUCGAGUGGUUCGGUCGCAAGUCUAUUCGAGGAGGCCAGGCCAACAACGCAUCGAUCGUUCGUCCAGAAGCUCAAAGAUAAAGAGGUCGCACGUCCCUCACUCAUGGACAAGCUGAAGGGGAGAAAACGCCAGCCAGCGAGACCCGCAAAGCCCACGAGUAAAACAGCCGAUGGGUCUUCGUCCUCGGAAUUCGAAAUCUCAUACAAAGUCCUGAGCAAACUUGGCAGAGCGAUUGCGAACACAAGCAAAGUCGAAGUCGAUUACAACGUCCUGGUGGUCCUCCAAGGCAUCAUACAUGCUCGAAAAGGAUUUGCUACCUAGUGCGUCCGCAAUCAAGAGACAGGGCGAGUAGAAAAGGCAGUGAAAGAGAACAACAAAUGGCGCCGCCGGAUCAUACGUG